ACGUGGCAUUCUUUAUUACUUGCAGUUCCCGCCGACCUGUGCUUCAAAGGUACUGUGAUCAAUGAAUGCCAAAAUCGAGGGAGUGAAUGCCCUGGCUAUUAGGUCAACCAGUCUAGAUAGAUCCCUUGUUGGAUUGGAGGGCGGAAGAAGCCAGCGAUGCCGCCACCGAUUGCGAGUAGAAAUCUCCAUUCCAUCUCCGCCAUUCUCCUCCUGCUCUUGGCCGGGCUCACAGGAUCGCGGCGAGCAGCGAAUGCGAAGAGGUAUGAUCUUCCUCCGGGCUGGAUGGGGAACAACACCCGGGGCGCGCUCACUGAGAUCCGUCUCUCGGAUGGGUCUUUCUAUCGGAUCCUCAAGGCGCCAUUGAUCGGCGGUCAAAGGCAUGAUCUAGAGGAUGUUACCAGCGACAAUGGCACAUUUGCCCUAGCCUUCUUCCAUCUCCACGGUGGCUUCUAUCUCGCGGUGGUGCUCCAGGCCCCUGGCCAUGGCGAGAUCUCUUCUUCGUCUUCCUCUAGCAGUGCCAUUCCAGUGUGGAUUGCGAACAGGGGUGGCGCCGUGGAUGACAAUGCGACGCUGCUGCUCACUCCCCAGAACGGCAAGAUCAUCCUCCUCGAUUCCUCUCAUAACUUCCGGUGGGGGCCAAAUUCGGAGGCGAUCGCGGGCGUGGAGCUCUUGGAGUCCGGGAAUUUAGGGUUCUUCACGGCACAGGGCGCGGUGGUGUGGCAGAGCUUCGAGCUCCCGCAGGAGGUGAUCCUUCCCGGCCAGGCUCUCAAGCCGGGAAUGCAGCUCACAAGCAGCGGCACGAAUCGAUCCAGCCUCUACACGGCCCAGAUCCACGGCGAUGGAUUGGUCUUGAGCGCUGGAGAUCCCAAGAUGAUCGUCCCACAGCCCUACUUCGCCUGGAGAUUGAAGGAGAAGUGUGAUGGAUCACCGGCAGUUCUAGUAUUCACCGGCGCAGAGAUCACACUCUCCUAUCCAGGCGCUUGCCGAUCGCUGGCACUCUCCAUCCCGCUCAACACCGCCGAUCCUAUUCUUCUCCCCUUCCUGCGCCUCAAUCCAGAUGGCGAUCUCGUCGCUUACAAAUUCCAUCCUCGAUCCGCGACCUGGGUGCCCGGAUUCCAGCUCUCGGCUCUCCAGCCCGAUUCGUGCAAGCUCCCCGACGCGUGUGGUACCUACGGCAUUUGCGAGCUCGGGGGCAAAUGCCGGUGCCUGGAAGUCCCACACCGCGGCGGCGAAAGCUACCGCGAGGGCGCGCCGUCAGCUGUACCGUGCGGUACUGCGCCGCCACUUGGCGCACCGCACGGGCUACCGCAGGCCGACCAAUGCGCCGACGAAUACGUCAACCACCACUUUUUAAACGUGAGUGGCGUGAGCUACUUCGCGGUACCGUUGGCGGUACCCGAUAUGCGCGGCGCGUCGCGCGAGAAGUGUGCCGCGGCGUGCCGCUGGAACUGUAGCUGUGCCGCGCUGUUCUUUGAUAACCGGACUGGGGAGUGUUUCUUCGUGCUGGACGAGAUCUUGGGCAGCUUGACGAUCGAUCCCGCGCGGAGCUCCAGCAUGAUCGCGAUGCUCAAGUUCUCGAACAGCCGGAUCCUCAAGGGGCCGCAGUGGGGCGCUACUUCAUCGCCGGCGGGGAUGGAGAGAGCAAAGAGGGCGAUUCUCAUCGCCGCCGUGGCUGGCGUGACAGGAUUCGCGAUGAUCUCUCUGGCGGUCUGCCUGGUGAUCGUGCUCGCGCGGCGGUCGAGAUCAUCCACCCAAGCGAAUCUGGAGGAGAUGGAGCUGGAUCUCGUCUUGAGCGGCAUCCAGGGGCUGCCACAGCGAUUCCAAUACUCCGUUCUGGAGGCCGCGACGUGGGGAUUCUCCAGGAAGCUUGGAGCUGGAGGAUUUGGCUCGGUCUACGAGGGAUUCCUGGAGGAUGGCAAGAGAAGCAUCGCGGUGAAGAAGCUCGAGGGCGCCAGCGCGCAGGGCGCGCGGCAAUUCAUCGCCGAGGUCGCGACCAUCGGCAGCAUCAGCCACAUCAACGUCGUCAAGCUCUGUGGAUUCUGCGUGGAGGGAUGCCACCGGAUGCUCGUCUACGAGUUCAUGCCCAAUGGCUCGCUCGAUCGCUGGCUCUUCGUCUCGAAUCAAACACCGGAGCAUCCGCGAGGAGUCCUGAGCUGGGAUCGCCGGGUGGAAAUCGCGCUGGGCACUGCUCGCGGGCUGGCCUAUCUCCACGAGGAAUGCCGCGAGCCCAUAAUCCACCUGGACGUGAAGCCCCAGAAUAUCCUCCUGGAUGAACGGUUCGUGGCCAAGGUCGCGGAUUUCGGAAUGUCCAAGCUGCUGGGCGGCCGCGAUGUGAGCCACGUGGUGACGUGCGUGAGGGGGACGCCUGGUUAUUUGGCCCCGGAAUGGCUGCUCCAUUCCAUCGCGACCAAGAAAUGCGAUGUCUAUAGCUUCGGCAUGGUUCUCCUGGAGAUCAUUGGCGGGCGGAAGAAUCUCGAGGUUUCCAGGAUGAACAGCGAUCUGGCGUGGUACUUCCCGGCGUGGGUCGUGAACGAGGUCAGGGAGGGGCGAUUGAUGGAGAUUGUGGACGAGAGGAUUAGGGCUCUUGUGAGCGAGAAGGCGGCGGCGCAGAUGAUCCGGAUCGCGCUGUGGUGCGUCCAGGAGAGCGCGGCGUCGCGGCCGACGAUGCCCGAGAUCGUCCAGAUGAUCGAGGGGCACAGGGAUGUGGAGGAGCCGCCCAUGGCGUUCCAUUUCGCGGUCCAGACAAUGGUGGACAUCACGGCGUCCAGGGAUUGCUUGUCCAUGGCCUAUGUCACUCCUCCCAGCUUCGAUGUCUCGAGCUUGAUCCGGUGAGAAGAUCAUCCAGUAGAGGAAGAAGCAUCUUUUUUUAACACAAGAAUAUUCUCCUUGGCGCGAGUUGUAAA